AUGCAUCGAACUCGAAGAGUCGCCCGGUCAAUUGACUCCGUAGGAGCCAUAUGCGGUGCCCAGGCGCCUCGUCCCUUCCUCUGCCACGUCUGCAGAGUCCAAGCCACCUCCUUCUCGACAUCGACGGUGCAGAGCUACCCAGAAACCGGAAAAGUCCCUCUCUCAGAGAGAGUUCGACGACGGAUAUGGGGUACGGACCAGCCUCCAGGACAGGAAGACCCAUAUGGCGGCCCCGGUAUACUUGAUCAGGUGAAGGCCCAAAACAAAGCGAAAAAGCUCGCGGAGCAAAAGCCCCCGGCUACAUCAGCUAUAUCAGCUACAGUACCAGAAGACUAUGAACCGGCAACUACUUGGGAGGGCUUGGAGCGGGUUGGAGGAUAUGGCAAUUGGUGGAAGGAGAAUUGGGAUCCCCGGCAUCCAUUUAUGGGGUUUCUCCCUCCCCGGAUUAUGACGGAUCCUGAGGAGGUGACUGCAGCGCUGCAUAGGGCGCUUGUUGAGGUUUUCGCCCUGAAACAAGCUGGUGAACCUCUGGAUGGUAUUUCGAAGGCGACACCUGGUGCGGAUUUGACACACGAUGUUCAAGUCAUCGCUUCGGAUGCUGGAGCUUCUUUGGUCUUCUCUGAGAAUGCCACCCUUGAGGAUAUCGUUCUGUCUUUAGCUCCCCAGGUUGAGGAGGUUAUCGAGGAGAAUCAUGCGACUGAGUCCGAACAAGAUAUUGAAGCCGAUAGAUCAACGGAGGACUUGUUACAUCCCGAAAAAGUUGAAGAAACCGUCGAACCGCCCGCCCACGAACCUCAACCCACGGAAUCUGAAGAAGAUGUUGCGGCGGACCGAUCUGAAGAAGAUCCCCUGGAGCACCAGGCACCGACCAUCGCAUAUGCAGAACUUGUGGCAUCGUGGGACCCCUCGUGGCUUCAAGUAUCUCUCGAUGAUCCUGAGAUCAAAUUCGCUGUUAUCAAACGCUCUCUACAACUAACCGGAGUACGAAUCUCAGACACAUCCAUCCGAUCAAUCACAACCGCAAAGUCCCUACUCUCACACCUAGUGACUCCCCCAAAGCCUCGAAAGCUUAUCGAAGCUCUCGAGCAGAAGGAAGAAUUCCUCAACCUUCCUAAUGUUAAGGUGCAUGCCAAAAGAAUUACCGCUAUUGAUAAAGAGAAGACUGUCGGCAGGUGGAAGCUCAUUGAGGAGGAACUGGAGAACCGCGGGCUUCCUCUCACGGGCUAUACGCGGCGAUGA